AUGGACUUGCAAUCACUCAUGGGUCAGCCGCACAUGAGCUCAAUGGGCGUCGCAAAUGGAGACGUGCCUCAGCAGGAUAAUGCAGAAACCGUAUACAUUAGCAGCUUGGCGCUGCUCAAGAUGCUCAAGCACGGACGUGCUGGCGUGCCAAUGGAGGUGAUGGGUCUUUUACUGGGCACCAUUGUCGACGACUAUACUGUAUCUGUGGUGGACGUAUUUGCCAUGCCCCAAUCAGGCACUGGUGUAAGCGUGGAGGCUGUGGACCCCGUUUUCCAAACCAAGAUGCUUGAUAUGCUCAAACAGACAGGCCGCUCAGAAGUUGUCGUCGGCUGGUACCAUUCACAUCCAGGUUUCGGCUGCUGGCUCUCAAGCGUCGAUAUCAAUACGCAGCAGUCCUUCGAGCAGCUGAACCCGCGUGCUGUGGCGAUUGUCGUCGACCCCAUCGAGUCCGUCAAAGGCAAGGUCGUCAUUGAUGCCUUCCGCCUCAUUAACCCAUCCACCGUCAUGCUCGGCCAAGAACCUCGUCAGACGACAUCAAAUAUCGGCCAUCUCAACAAGCCGUCAAUCCAGUCACUUAUCCACGGCGUAAACCGCCACUACUACUCUAUGGCCAUUGGUUAUCGAAAGACACAGCUCGAGCAAAGCAUGCUGGGCAACCUACACAAGCGCAACUGGACAGACGGGCUCAAACUCGCCGAUUUCCAGGAACAUCAGCAUUCCAACCAGGCAGCGGUCAAGCGCAUGCUCUCCCUCGCAGAGGACUACCAAAAAUCCGUCAAGGAAGAAGCCAAGCUCACACCUGAGCAAAUCAAGACCCACUAUGUCGGCAAGCAAGAUCCAAAAAGACACCUGGAAGAUGCCGUCGAAACCUCUAUGGGCGAUCAAAUUGUACAGAGUUUGGGUACUAUGAUUCUCGCCGAGCUUUAG